GGCUGCUGGUGGCGAAGAUGGCGGAUGGGGACAGUGGCAGUGAGCGCGGUGGCAGCAGUGGCGGUGGCGGCGGCGGCGGCGGCGGUGGUGGCGGCGGUGGCGGCGGAGGGGGAGGAGGAGGAAGCGGGUUUCAGCACUACCAACGGGAACCGGAGACCCAGGAGCUGGCCUCGAAGCGGUUGGACAUCCAGAACAAACGCUUCUACCUGGAUGUGAAGCAGAACGCUAAAGGCCGGUUCAUCAAAAUCGCCGAGGUGGGCGCCGGGGGCUCCAAGAGUCGACUGACCCUCUCCAUGUCAGUGGCUGCAGAGUUCCGAGACUACCUGGGGGACUUCAUAGAGCACUACGCCCAGCUCGGGCCUAGCACCCCGGAGCAGAUCGCUCAGUCUUCCGGUGGGGACGACACCGGGCCUAGACGGGCCUUGAAGAGCGAGUUCCUGGUGCGUGAGAACCGCAAAUACUACCUCGACCUGAAGGAGAAUCAGCGCGGUCGGUUUCUCCGGAUCCGGCAGACCGUCAACCGAGGCCCCGGCUUCGGCGUCGGAGUGGGAGGCAUCCCGGGGGCUGGCCUGCAGGCCGGGCAGACCAUCGCGCUCCCUGCCCAGGGCUUGAUAGAGUUCCGUGACGCCUUGGCCAAGUUGAUAGACGACUACGGAGGGGAUGAGGAGGACCUGGCCGGGGGCGGAGGGGCCGGGGGGUACAGCGAGCUCCCGGAGGGCACCUCUAUCAUGGUGGACUCUAAGCGGUUCUUCUUUGACGUGGGAUCCAACAAGUACGGAGUUUUCUUGCGGGUGAGCGAAGUGAAGCCCAGUUACAGGAACUCUAUAACAAUCCCCUUCAAGGCGUGGAGCAAGUUCGGGGGCGCGUUCAGCCGCUACGCCGAGGAGAUGAAGGAGAUCCAGGAGCGGCACCGGGACAAGAUGUACGAGAGGAGGGCCGGAGAGGAGUCCGAGGGGGACGACGUGGACGACGAUUGAUGGACGGAGAGCUGGCUGCUCGUGAUGAAGCUGACAACAUGAUGCAAAAGCCUGAAACAGAAACAGAGAGAGAGGAACGACUAUUCUGUGCAUGACGAAUCCAACUUUAAAACAACGGAGUAAAAACACAUAAAGUAUCUGACUGAGAAAUUACUGUCUAUAUAAGAGAUCAUGUUCUAAAGUUUAGGUGGAUGUUAUAGAUAAUGAGUGCGGACUGCAGUAGUCAGCUCCUGUAUGAGAUUCCCCCUUGAUGAAAUCAUGUAUAAGUAUAUAUAUAUAUAUAUCUAUACAUAUAUAUAAAUAUCUAUAUAUAGAUAUAUUGAUUGUCUAUUUGAUAACCUCACACAUGUAGCCCAGCAAAUUAAGUUUGACAGUGCUCAACCUGCAGCAGCAAGUCACCAGCCCUACUUCCUGGUUGCUAUCCAAUGGUAGUAAGAGCUCACCUGAUGCUGACCUGGACCUGGACUCUCUGCCACAAUAAUAAGGAAGUGCAGAACGUGUGACAUCCUCAUACCAGCAGGUUGCAGGAGUUGGGAGUGAGACGGAGCGCCUGCGUCACUCACCAUGGCUGUUUGUGUGUGUUUUUGUCUGAAAAGUAAAGGGACCGCUUGCCUGGACAUAACCAAGACACCCAGUGCCACAGUCUCAGCUAUAGGGGGGGGCAUCCUUGGCAUCGCAGGACAUUCACACAGCCCAGCGAGGUCCCAUAAGGUGAUCUGUUACAAGCACACGACUCAUUUGGACGAUCCAAACGAGUCCAAAUGACCUUUCCCCUUCUUCUUCUUCUUCUUCUUCUUCUUCCUCACCUCCUCACUCCCCCCCCACCCUCCUUUGCUCCUUCCUUGGCUUCCCUCAGGUGCUAACCUCCUGCUCCAAUAGCUGACAUGUGGUGAGGCCUGCUCACACGUGGCUUCUUUUGUCUCAGGGCCGACGAGUCCAUCAUAUUUUAAGGAAAUAUCAGCAUUACCUGUGCCUGUGCAUCAUCUUCAAGAGGUCCUGUGUGCAGAUCCAGGUGCUGCACCUGAGACGUUUGUGGCAACUGAUGAUGUCUCAUAUGACGCAGGCUCACGUCUGAACCCUGUGACCUUUUGUUAAAUGGCAAAAGAGGACACGGUGAGCUCAGGCUUUUUCGCACUUGUCAUGGUUUCUGAGUUAAAGCUUAAUAUUGCCGGGCUUGAGCUACGGUCUCAAGGGAUUUGACCUUGUGGACUUACUUAGGGUGCGCCAUUUGGAUCCUUUAAUCUUGAACUCAGACCACAAACGACUGAAGCAACAUUCAGUCUGAUUGUAAGAAAAAUUAGGUGCUUUUGGAAAACAAAACCCACAGUGGGGUGCUGUUCAUAAAGAGAGAGAAAAAAAGAAAAAGUAUAUACUGGAAAAGAGAUUUACUUACUAAAAAAAGAUCAAAUAUAGAUAGAAUUAUUUUUCAAAAGAGAUAUAUUGAAAUAUGUCUUAGAAAUAUAAGACAUUUAUUAGAUAACGCUGCCUAAAGUGGCUUAUUUAAAACACUAAACUUUGGAUGCAAUUGUCCAGGGUGAUAUUUCAUACCUGCUUUUUCCUAACAUUUCUUUUAUUCCUUAGAGGAAAUUAAAAAGAGUACAACAAAUUGAUAACACAGUAUGUUAGCAAUUUCUAACAACGACUUCAUCGAAGUAGUUUGUCAGCAAACACUCAGCACUCCAGUUCACUUUACAUAGCAUCGAGUUGUUCCCUCGUUUCAGUCCACCUGUUUAACCAUGUUUUGUCGCUGAUUGGCUCUCCAUCAGUUGCCAUACGACGCAAACAAAACCUGCAAUCAUCCACAUUUUUGUCUUUAGUGCUCCUUUUAAAGAUAUGAUCUUUUUUUGCAUGCCUGCUCUCCCGCGGAGCUGCCUUGUGUUCUUUUAUUUUGCAUACUCUGAUUGCUGUAUGAUGGUAUUUAUCCAUAUUUGAGAGCGGUUUCAAGUUUUCUUUCUUGCAAUGGAAAAAAAAAAAGUUUAAAGUUUACUUCUCAACCUAAUAGAAGAAAAAAAAAAAAGCCACAAAGUUCCCUGCGUGCUUUGGGGAACGUCACUUUUCAUUGUCCCACUUCCUUUGGUGUGUAAACCUCUCGUUGAAUUUUACUUUUUACCCACUUCGACACAACUAACGCAGAAAUGCCAUAUGAAAUAUGAAAAAAAACAACACCUGGGAGCAAUAGUUUUUGUUUUCUUUUCUAUUGAUAUAAAUAUACUAUAUAUAAUAUAACACAUGAGAUUGAACUACAUCCUUCUUCCUGUACUGUGUUACGUGAAAUGGCAGCUGUUUCAGUCGUGUGUUCUGCUGUAAUAUUCUACCGAGUUCCUUUCAACGAGAAAUAAAAAAGGUUUUUGCUCAGGA